AUGCAGAACAGCGCAGCCAACGUGUCCUACGUGGAAUUCACCCUCGUCCCAUUCCCAGGUCUCCGGGAGUGGAGGCCCUUCCUCGCCUUUCCUUUCUUCUGCCUCUUUCUCCUCAUCGUCACCACCAACUCCAUCGUGAUCUACACGGUGAAGACGGAGGAGAGCCUCCACUCCCCCAUGUGCCUGCUCAUCGCCCUGCUCUUGACGGUCAACCUCUUUGGGACCUUUGCCAUCCUCCCCAGGAUGCUCUUCAGCCUGGUGCUGCCCGCCAGCCACAUCUCCCUGACCGAAUGCCUGGUCCAGAUGUUCUUCCUUUACUUCACCAUCCUCCUGGACUGCAACGUUCUUCUGAUGAUGGCUCUGGACCGGUUCCUGGCCAUCUGCCACCCGCUGCGCUACGCAGAACUCAUGACCACCAAACUCCUGAGCCUCCUGAUGCUGCUGUCCCUGGUGAGAAGCCUGGGCACUGUUGGGCCGGUGGUGGCCUUGGCCUCCCAGGUGCGGUUCUGCCGUUCCAACGUCAUCAGCCAUUUUGCCUGUGAACACAUGGCACUCAUGAGGCUCUCCUGCAGCGACAUCUCCGUGAACAAGAGGCUGGGUCUAGCCUUACGGUCCUUUGAAUUCCUCCUGGACCUCAGCCUCCUCCUGGCCUCCUACGGCCGGAUUGUCCACACGGCUCUGAAGAUCCGCUCUGGCAACGUCCGUCACAGAGUCUUCCACACGUGUGGCACCCACUGGAUGGUGAUCGCCAUCAGCUACUCCUCUCGCCUCUCCUCAUCCGUCGUCUUCCGGCUGGCCAAAUCGGCCUCGCAGGACGUCCACAACCUCCUCAGUGCAACCUAUCUGCUCUUCCCCUGGACUGUCCACCCUCUGAUCUACGGCGUGAGAACCAGAGAGAUCAGAGCCAGCCUCCCGAAGCUCUUUCCCAAAAAAUAA